CAAGUCGUCCUAAGAUAUCUUCCUCGAAAUUGUUUCGACAUUCUUGAUAUUCUCGAGAAUCUAUAGAAGGAUUCCACGAAUAGAAUAAAUCAGGAUUCAUAUCACGAUUCAGACCUGUUGUACGCAUAGCAUUCUUCUGUUUCUGUAACACGGAGGUACUGACUUUACUCGACCAACAAGAUCAAGAAAAUGAACCGGACCGUUUCUUACACCAGAGACAAAUUUCAAAUAAUGAAUAUAAAAGAAGAAAGAUAACAAUUUUAUAUAUAGUCAAUGUUAUUUUACAUCUCUUCCAAUGAUGAUCAUUGAAAUGAUUUGAAUAUAUCACAGAUAAAUAAAAUCUAAUCAGAAGAAUAAUCCAUUUGCAGAAAGGAUUCUUAUUCAAGUAAUAUUUUUUCUUCGCAAAAUAACCGAAUGCCAUGUUUUACGAUCAAUAAGCGACUUUUUUUUCAAAUAUACAUCGAUUUGAAACAAAAAUAUUCGAUCGUUUGAAUUAAUUUAUUUUAAAAUCGAUAAAGAAUAAAUCACCAAGAAUGUUAAUAACAAUUAUCGAGUUAUUCACCAUUUUGAUCCAACAUUAUUUCCUAAUGCAUAUUUCACGCUUAUGAGAAACUAUUAUUAGUAUUCUCCUACUAAAGCUGCAACAACAUUUCCGUCAGGAUAUAAAAAAAAAGUAUUCAGUCGCAUAACCAGGUUGCUAUAGAAUCGUGUCACGAUCAGGCGCAUCGCUAUUCUUAUUAAUUUGAAUCUUCACGUAGACAAUUUUCACUUGGCCAUAGGUUGUCCGAAUGAUCUCGAAGACGAUAACUCAUCACGUGAAAUACUACUAUACGAUCGUUCUAAUAUUUGAAUGGACGAAUAACCCUUUUUGUUCUCUUAUGCACAUAGUCAUGCUAGUUAGGCAUACGAAAGAAAAGCGGUCACGACCAAUAUUUGGCCAUCACCCAGGAUAGGUAACAGCGAAAGUUCAUUGACGACGACGAUACUUCUUCCUAGUGUGAUGUGUCACCAGUGGAUGCCCUAUAAAUACUUAUGGGGGUCACCAUUAGCGAGCAGUUUUUCUUCGGCAUCGUAGUUGUUAGCUUAGACUUAGGGAGUCUUCCAAGGAUCAACUAUGAAGAUUAUUUUGAUUCUUCCAUUAUUCCUGGUAAUCAGUACAGCAAUUACUGUCGAAAAACAUGAAAAGAGUAACAAUAAAUUAUUAAAGAAACAUGAUAAAAGAGGACUCGCAAAUUUAGAAUAUAGUUUAUCCGAACCUGCAUAUCAUCCUCCUGAACCAGCUAUUUUUGAACCUUCUGCUCCCGAUCUAGGUGGACAUUUGGAAUCUGUAAUAGCACCAGUUGCUCCUCCACCAGCUGUAUUACAUCCAGCUCCUGCAGUUCCAGUUCCUGCAGUACCGGUGCCACAGCCCGUUCCACAUCCGGUUCCAGUCGCAGUGCCUCAGCCAGUUCCACAUCCGGUUCCAGUUGCAGUGCCUCAGCCAGUUCCACAUCCGGUUCCAGUCGCGGUUCCUGUGACUAAACACGUACCAAUUCCCAUCGAUCGAGCGGUUCCAGUUCCAGUGGAUCGUCCUGUCCCCGUACCAGUUGCAGUUCCGGUCCCGAAACCGUAUCCGGUCCACGUGGAGAAGAUAGUGCACGUCGACAGACCCGUUCCAGUGCCAUUCGAAAAGCCAGUCCACGUGCCGGUAGAUCGACCAGUGGCUGUUCCUGUUCCAGUGCCAAAACCAUAUCCGGUUCCCUUCGAGAAGAUAGUUCACGUGGACAGGCCUUAUCCGGUCCAUGUGGCGGUACCUUAUCACGUUCCCAAACCUUAUCCAGUUCCAGUUGCUAUUCAUGCUCAUAAAUCGCAUGGAUGGCUCAAAUAAGAUUCCAUUGGAAUGUUCUUGUUAGAUAUUGAUGGUAGAACUACUAACAGUUGAUAUUAACGAUAUAGAAUUGUAUAGAAUUUGAUGUUUUAUUUCAUUAAAUUCUUUUAUUCGAUACUUGUUUACAAUUCGAUUUGCUUUUGGAUGUUAUAAUUAAAAUUUGUUUAUUCAAAUUGUUUUGGGAGCAAAGUUGGAUAAUUAAGUUUUAAAGAAAAUUUAUAAUAUGCAAAUCUAUAUAGAAAAUUUGUGAACAUUUAUAAAUUGGAGUAAUUUUGGAAAAAAAUUACAAACCAGUUAUUUUGAUUGCGUUAGUAGUUCUUACAUGAGAAACAUUAUACUAAGAAUAUAAUAUAUUCAAAAGAAUUACCUAGGGUAUUAUUAUCAUCAUUUCAAUCACUAUUUCAAUAUUCAGUUGAUUGUUUUUUUGAUUCUUUUGAUACUAGUCCGCUUUAACAAUAUUUUUACUAGUCGAUUGUUAAUUACAGUUAGUUAGGUAUUUUUAACAAGUAAAAUGAUGUAGUGCAAAUAUAUGGACAGACAUUACCAAAAUUUUUUUCUAUUAACAAAUUUUUAAUACAUUUUGAAGUUGUAAAAAGGAAAAUUAAUAAAAUUGUUCUUUAAAAAAUAU